AUUGCCUCCUGCAAGCCAAGGGAAGUCCAAAGCUGCGUCAGCAAAAGUGUCCAUUUCUUCAGCUCUCUCGAGGGUUAUUCAAUUUCAGAAGACAGGAGGGAGUAUUCAAGCAUUCCUCGACAACACAAAAGAGACCAAGAGUCAACCGUUCCUUCUGGCAAUUGGCAAUUCCAAGGCCCGAAUCACCAACUACAUGAUCAUUGUGGAUCACAAGGCCAUUCCAUGUUCGGCACGCACGGUCGAAGCAGCAGUAGAUUUACUCUUCAAGACCCACUUUGUCUUUGGCCUGCAGUACUGCUUGUCUCUGCGGCAGUUCUGGACUUUUGUCCAGACUGCCAUUUUUGAAAUCGAUAUCGGAGUGUCCCGGGAAACACCAAGAGUACGUGAAAUUAGAUCGAAAUUGUUAGCACCAUGAUUUGCUUCAAAUGCCACAAACAGUUUGCAAUACCCAAAUUGGUUCAACAUUUGAGAUUGAAACAUGGAGUUAUUGAAGAUGGUAAAGAAGUAUUGACCUGUGGGCAGGGAGCUUGUGCGAGAACAUUUCAUACUUUUCGAGGAUUUCGGGGACAUUUGCAGACUCACCUUAAAACCGAUUUUCCAGAUAAUAAAGAGCAGUCUAAUGAAAAUGAUAAAGUGAGUGACUUUCCUGAAGAAAGUCUUGAAAGUCUUCAAGAAUACAAUAUUAAUAAUGAUGAGAUUGUUGAAGAUCAGGAUGUAUAUGAAGAUGACAUUUUAUCUGUAGAUACCUUGAACAGGCAGUGUGUAAAUGUAAUUUCAAAAUUUUCAGCAAAUAGUGCAAACUCUGGAAAAGUUGUAAAUGAUGUAGUAGAAACAACCAGUGCGAUUGUAGGUGAUGUAGUAAAAAGUGCAUCGGCAGCCGUUACAGCUGCUUUCUUAAAACAUAAGCUGCCUAUAGAAUCCGAGGCUUAUAAGGAGAUUCAAACACAUUUUGCUAUGCUUGAAAAGCCCUUUGAAAAUUUGAAUUCAGAAUAUAAGCGGACAAAGUAUUGUGAAUCAAUUGGACUUGUUGAACCACAAGAAAUCAAGUUAGGCAUCCGAUAUGAUAGUCGUCUCAAUAAAAGAACUAAGCAGUAUGAACAGAUUGCUAUUGAAGAUACAUUUGUUUACGUUCCCAUUUUAGAUUCUUUGAAGCAGCUUUUAAGCAAUAAAGAUAUAUUGCAUUUUGCUACUCAUGACCAUAAGAGCACAGAUGGUGUAAUGAGAGAUUAUUGUGAUGGUUCACAAUUUGAGAAAACCCCUCUUUUCCAUGAAGAUGAGAAUGCCCUCCAAAUUCACUGUUUUUAUGAUGAUUUCGAGACUGUGAACCCCAUUGGUUCAAAAACAAAAAUUCACAAGAUAGGUGCUUUAUAUUUCAUUUUGAAAAAUCUGCCACCAAAGUAUAAUUCCAAUCUUUCCAAUAUCAAUCUUAUAGCUCUAUGGUAUGCUGAAGAUGCCAAGAAAUAUGGAUUUAAUGCUAUUCUCAAGCACAUUGUAAAAGACAUUAAUAUCCUGUCAACAGUUGGCAUUGCUCUCCCUAAUGGAAUUGUGAAGAAGGGGACCAUUACUCAAAUAAGUGCUGAUAAUCUUGGUGCUAAUUCCCUACUGGGAUUUGUAGAGAGCUUUUCUGCUCAUUAUUACUGUCGAUUAUGUGUUACAAGUAAGGAAGAGGCACAGAACAAAUUCAAAGAGGUUUCAAUGGAUAUGCGCACCAGGCAGACUUAUGAGCAACAUUUAGAAGAAGCUGAAGCUCAAACUACCCAGUCACAUGUGUUUGGAGUGAAACAAAAGACUGUAUUGAAUGAUUGUAUUUACUUUCAUGUCUUGGCAAACUUUUCACUAGAUAUAAUGCAUGAUCUUUUGGAAGGCAUAGUUCAGUAUGAGCUGAAACUUGUUCUAGAGUAUUUCAUAUAUGAAAGGCAACCGCCCCUCUUGUCCCAAGAUGAACUGAAUCAGAGAGUCGCCAGCCAUUGCUUAAACCGUACAGAUAACAAGAACAAACCAUCCUUUAUUAAACUUAGGUCAGCUAGGAAUGAUGUUGGACAGAAGGCUAUGCAAGCAUGGUGCUUGAUUCGAAAUCUGCCAUUCAUAAUUGCUCAAGACAUUGAAGAAGGAAAUGUCUACUGGGAAUUGCUACUUAGAUUACUAGAUUGUAUGGACAUUAUUUUUGCUCCUCAAUUGACAGCAGGCUUGAUAGCCCAAUUGUCUAUUCUUACUGAAGAACAUCACACACAUUUCCAGAAAACCUUUCCUGACAGAAGGUUGUUGCCAAAACACCACUUUAUGGUGCAUUAUCCAACGUGUUUGAGAGAAGUUGGGCCACUCAUACAUGUAUGGUGUAUGAGGUACGAAGCGAAACAUCACUAUUUUGGCCGUGUUGCAGAAUCUGUGCGUAAUUACAAAAACAUUUGUAAAUCACUUGCCAAAAAACAUCAGACAGCACUAACGUUCCAUCUUCAGUCAAACCAUCCUUUGGAAUAUCUGGAGGUUGGGCCAGGUAGUUCACUACUUUUGUCAGAUUUAGAUGAAAAUAUUGGACAGAUUGUGCAAGAGCAAAUCCAAGUAGAGGAUCUUUCUACUGAAUUAUUUGAUGCCAACUGGGUUAAAGUACAUGGAACACAUUAUCAGUUGUCACUUCUGGUCUGCCAUGAUGUUAGCGAGCUUCCUCUGUUUGGUCAAAUAGAGCAUAUCAUUGUACACAAUAGCACUGUAUUUUUUGUACUUGUCCAAUUAGAUACAGUGUAUUACAAUUCACACUAUCAUGCCUAUGCAGUAGAAUUUAGUUUUCCACGUUGUCAUGUAGUGAAGAAUCAAAAGGAACUUGUUGACUACAAACCACUAGAUUUGAUGACAACUUUGUCGAAGACAGACUCGAGGAAGUAUGUAGCACCAAGGCAUGUACUUUUUAAGUAAUUUAAAGCUUUCAAGCUAAUGUCUGGUUUUGCUUAGUGGUAUCAAUUGGUUUUAAAAAUAAUUUUGAUCAAUAAUAUUUUGGACUCUUAAUUGUUAACAUCUUUAAAUUGGUUAAUUCGAAACCAAAUUGAAGUCAAAUAGCUGUUGUAUAUUUUCUUUUUUUUUCUUACAAGAAAAACAAUUCUAUGAUGUUUGUGCAUGAAAGCCAGUGAACUAGAAGUGCAUGGACUGAUUUUUGUUGUUGUUGUUUAUAUCCUGUUGGAAAAACGAGCAGCGAAUUAGUUGAUAUAGAAAUGCAUAAUUUUACUUUUUGAUUUUUUCUCCCAGGAGUAAAAUGGGAAAUACAUGUUUGUAAACAGAAAGCUGUAAAAGAAUGUUCACCUAUAUUAGAAUGAAUGUGGAAUUUAUAGUGUUUUUUUAAUGUUUUUGAAACAUUUGUUUAACCCUUUACAAGCAGUGAAGGAGAUAAAAAUCCCCUGAAAUAAUUAAAUCAUCCUGAAUCUCAAUGGUUGCAGGCCUGUGGUAAAAAAAAAUCUUGUUAAACAAAACUGCUGGAUAAGAUUUGUUAGUUUUGCUAUUGUUCUUGAAGGCUGCUUCCUAGCAUAAGACAUUAAAAAGCCUUACUAUAAUUAGUCUGCGAGCACAGACCAUUGGCUUCGGUUUUGCAAUUUGCAUAGUGCACGAUGUAAAAUGGAAUAUGUUUGUAAACAGAAAGCUGUAAAAGAAUGUUCACCUAUAUUAGAAUGAAUGUAGAAUUUAUAGUGUUUUUUCAAUGUUUUUGAAACAUUUGUUUAACCCUUUACAAGCAGUGAAGCUAGGAGAUAAAAAUCCCCUGAAAUAAUUAAAUCAUCCUGAAUCUCAAUGGUUGCAGGCCUGUGGUAAAAAAAUCUUGUUCAACAAAACUGCUGGAUGAGAUUUGUUAGUGUUGCUAUUGUUCUAGCAUAAGAAAUUAAAGUCAUACUAUAAUUAGUCUGCGGGCACAGACCAUUGGCUUCGGUUUUGCAAUUUGCAUAGUGCACGAUGUAGAGUCUGCAUUUAGAGACUACAUAUACACAUACAGUUAUGCUCCCUUUAAGGGAUCAUGAUAUGAGUGAAAGUAGUCUCUGACUGCAGACUCUGAAAUAUGCACUACGAAACUUGCGAAAAACCGAAGCCGAGAGUCUGCCUGCAGAUUAUACUAGCAGUUUCCAAGGUUUUUUUUUUUUGGGGGGGGGCACUCUGUAUAUUUCAUAUGAAAAAGAUUCUGUGAUAUUUUCCUUCAGCAUGCAUGUACUAGGAUUCAAGGUGAAAUGUGUCAAAAUUCUUAUUAGCUACAUAAUUCACUCUGAUGUAGAAGCAUAAUGUUUGUUGUUUUUUUUGUUUUGUCUUCAUUUAUACAUGCAUUUUGCAUCCUGUUUAGUUUCUAUUUAUUAGAAACGACUUUGAUUUUUCAUUCCUUGAAAGGAAUUAUGACAUUGUUUAAAGUUUUUAUAUUGGAAAAUUUUUAGUUACUUGUUUCAUCCUUUUUUUUUUUUACUUAUAAGGGUGGAUUCAUAAUAACAGAUUUUGAAUGAUUUUUAGUUACUUGUUUCAUCCUUUUUUUUUUUACUUAUAAGGGUGGAUUCAUAAUAACAGAUUUUGAAUGAUUUAAAAAAGUGUGUUUUGUUGUAUUCAGACAAAUGAGUCACAGAUUUUGAAUACAUGACAAAAGGAUUUAAUGUUGAACCAUACAAGAUAAAAACGCUAAGCAUCAUUGAUUUCAACAUGAAUGAAAACAAGUUGUUUAAUUUAUUGAUUAAACAAGCACCAUGUGUUUUUGUUUACGAAAAAAAA